AAUUUAUUAAUCGAUGCUUAUUUAAGUUUUCUGCAAAUGUUAUUAGAGACUAAAUCUAUGAAUUUGAUAAGAGUGCUAUUAGUUUUAGUGUUAGACUGAAUAGCUUAAAGGAUUUCAACGAUUUUCAAAAGUUAAGAGACUUAAAAAUACAUCGAAUUAUCUAUAAUCUGAAUGAUUAAGCAGAACUAAUGGACUUUUUGGCUGAGCAUAAUGAUGUAUGUAUAAAGAAGAUAUUUGAUCCGUCCUUUUUUAUAUUUCGUGGUGUUAGUGUAAACAUUCCUACAAUUCUGAGGGAUGGUCAAUUUAGAAAAUUGGAAUAAAAAGCAUUAUUGUAGAUUUGUUAACAUCUAUUUAAAUUGAAAACCGAUCAAAACAAGACUCAAUUCUAGGUGUUUAUGGUAUUAAUAAUUAAUUUAUUUUUAUGCAUUAAAACAUGAUGGAAAUAUAGGUAAAGAGGAAGAAGGAGUUGGAUGAUUUACAAAGCGUGAUAGAGAAUUCAUUCAAUUUCGAAGUUAAUCAUGUACUUAGUUAUAAUCCAAAAUUCACUUAUGAUUUAUUAUUUAAAUUGGCAAACCAACAGAAAACAUUAAAAAGUGUCAACUUUAAUAUUUACAGAUAUGCAAAUCCUCAAUAGAGCGAACUUGAUUAAAAUAGAGAAAUAUUGGCCACUCUCUAUUAACAUGUUAAUGAACAAUACAACACCAUAUUUUUGAAAAACUUCUUGUUCGAAGAUCAAUAUGUCAAACAAUAGAAUUUAUCUUAAGGCAUAGUCAGUUAUUCACAUUUGGUGGACAUGUUGAAAUUGAUGCAUUUCAGAGGUUCUUUGGUUUUUGAAUAUAAUAAGAAUUUGGAGAGGAAUGUCGAAUUUAUUGAUCAAUUGUUGUAAUCAAGUAAAUACAUUUUGUGUGACAAACAUAAAUUGGGAGAAGAGCAUGAGUCUCACAUUGUGGAUGGAGAUACAAUGCCACCUAUCGAUGUUUGA